GAUCUACAGAUCCAGCGAUCUAAAGAUCCAGCGAUCUACAGAUCCACCGAUCUAUCAAUCCAGCGAUCUAUAGAUCCAUCGAUCUACCGAUCCAGCGAUCUACAGAUCCAGCGAUCUACCGAUAGAGCGAUCUACAGAUCCAGAGAUCUAUCGAUCGAGUGAUCUAUAGAUCCAUCGAUCUACCGAUCCAGCGAUUUACAGAUCCAGCGAUCUACCGAUCCAGCGAUUUACAGAUCCAGCGAUCUAUCGAUCCAGCGCUUUAAAGAUCCAUCGAACUACCGAUCUAGCGAUCUACAGAUCCAGCGAGCUACCGAUAAAACGAUCUAUCGAUCCGGCGAUCUAAAGAUAUAUCGAUCUACCGAUCCAGUAAUCUACAGAUCCAGCGAUCUACAGAUCCAGCGAUCUAUCGAUCCAGCGUUCUAAACAUCCAUUGAUCUAUAGAUCCAUCGAUCUACCGAUCCAGCAAUCUACAGAUCUAGUGAUCUACAGAUCCAGCAAUCUACCGAUAGAGCGAUCUACGGAUCCAGCGAUCUAUCGAUCCAGCCAUCUAUACAUCCAUGGAUCUACCGUUCCAGCGAUCUACAGAUCCAGCGACCUACUGAUAGAGCGAUCUACAGACCCAGUGAUCUACAGAUCCAUCGAUCUACCGAUCCAGCGACCUACAGAUCCAGCGAUCUACCGAUCCAGCGAUCUACAGAUCCAGAGAUCUACCGAUAAAGCGAUCUAUCGAUCCAGCGAUCUAUAG